GGGGCUUGGAGGUCUGCUUGGAGUAGCUCGGCUGGGUGAUACACAGCUGAGAGUAUCGAGGAGUGACUGCGUCUCCAGACAGAUCCCCAGCGUCGCGCGCCCCCUGUGUACCCACAGACCCCCGGGCUCGCCAGCCGGGCGCCAUAUUUACAGAACCUUUUAAACCAUGGAUCGGUAUGGAAACCUUUUUGACGCUGAAGAUGUGGAUCACUCCUUUUUUGAUAGCGAUAAUGAUGAGAAGGGCGACAAAGAGGCUGUUGUGUCUUCACACCCAAACAAGCAAGAUGAUGCAAAACAUAAUGUGGGUUUAGUAGCUGAAUUAAAAGGCAGUGCUGGAGAUAGAGAACAAUAUACAAGUAAGGAAGAAAGUAAUGGAAAAGAAACGCCAUUUAAAAAGGAGUAUGAGGUUGCACAAUCCCGGUCUUCUACUAGGCCUGGCAGUCCAGUCAAGUCUGGAAGGAGCUCUGUACAGAGCCUGAGAAUUGAAACAACCAUUCCCACGGGGAUUCCCAAAAUUAGACAUGAAUUUGAGGACAAUUACUACCCAGAUGAAGAUGACAGUAGUGAGGAAGAAGAGCACAACGCCAGACCCAAAUCCUCAAAACAAACCUUUGUUGGAAAGAAAAGUACAGGUAAAUAUAACAGAGAAGCAGUGUCCUCGUCCAUUUCCAGUUCAGAUGCAGAAUAUUCAGACACUGGGUCAGGAGGGCGUAUUUCUAAAUCAUCCUAUCAAUCAGCCAAAGGAAAUGGACAUUUUGCUGAGAACAAGACUCCUAAACAGCCAGUCAGAGAUCUAAGGGACUAUGUGGAGGAGUCGGAAGAUACAGUCACUGAUGUCACUCCCCUGUCCACACCGGACAUUAGUCCUAUCCAGUCAUUUGAUCUGGCAGCUACAAGUGGAGCACUGAAAAAUAAAAUGCAACGACAAGAAAAUGUCAGCCAAGAUAAAUAUGACCCUGCUUUGGAUCAAACGACUAAUGCCAAGGUAUUGCAAGAUGCUAUGGACCUAAACCAACUUCUUAAAGCGUUUAUGCAUCUGGAUAAAACAGACCAACAGAGUAUGGUAGUAGAACAACCCCCAGUGAGGAACAAGAAAAACUACUCCUUUAACAGUGAGGAGGUGCGGUAUAUUGACCGGGAAAACCAAAGGUUGCUGAAAGAGCUCUCCAAACAGGCUUCAAAACCCCGCAGUAAGAUCCUUACCAUGAAAAAACCCAACGGAGUUCCUGUCCGACUCUAUCACAGUGCUCUUAACAGGCAAAGGGAGCAGCAACGGAUCGAAAGGGAGAACCUAGCCUUAUUGAAAAGGUUGGAGUCUGUAAAGCCAACAGUUGGCAUGACACGCAAUGAGCAGCUGAUGGAUUACCAGCGCCAAGCAGGAUACCUCAACGCAACAGCAUUGUCUCCUAGGCCUGGGAAGGCCUCUGCUAGCCGCAUAAGCUCCUGCUCCUCAACAGGUAGUUUUUCACGGGUGUCAAGUGGAUGCAGGAGCAGUGAUGGGACCAAUUCCAGUGCUGCCAUGUUGAGACCUGCAAAAUCCAAUAACGUUCGAGCUGCAUGGCAGUGAUUAUCCAAAUGCAACCUCUUUGAACAUUCUCCUAAUAUUUCAAUGCUUUCUAUUAGUCAUUUUGUAAAUAAAUAUAAGACCUUAUUUGCUGCUAAUGUGAAAAUCUUGAUACAUAAUAUACAAUUGGUGUGUGGGGUAUUUAUUUUCUAUGUAUGUGGCUUUCCCCCCCCAAAUUUUUUAUAUAAGAAAUUGUUAUUCCAGCUAGCUGCAGUUCCAUGCUGUAUCAGAAUUAUCAAUUACACAAUAUCUAGAGUUCUGGACACCCAGUAGAUACCUAGUUCUCUAGAUUCUAAUUAAAGAAUGUUCAACACUAUAUGGAAGUUUUGUGCACUUUGUUACAGCUGACUAAAUUCACUUGGGUUUUGACUUGGGCUUUUGUUUAUCUCUAAUCAAUGGAUGUCAUUCCAUUUAGACAUGUUUAUAUGGAUAACGGAGGACAGGAAAUUGUAACCAUGGCAACAAACACAUAUAUACAUUGAUAGGACCAUAAGAGCUUCACAAUAUGGAGCCCUAACUCCCUCAUUUCUCAGUCACUCUCUGGCUUAAGAGACUUAAUUCAACAACUCCUGGAGAAAAGCAUGUUGAUAUGCUUUAUUUUCUCUAUGCAUUUUUAA